AUAUAAAUAUAUUUUUUUCUUAUAUAAACAUCUCAUUUGUGGGUUUAGGGUUUUGCUUUUGCGUCGGUGAAGGAGACAUGAAUUUUUGGGGUGUUGAAGUAAAACCAGGAAAGCCUUUUACUCUUGAACACAAUGACUUGAAAGGAUGCCUUCGUAUUUCAAGGGCCACUUUGGGAUUGGGCACUGCAACAGCGAUAAGCACACUGCAGUGUAGUUUUGGAAAUAAGAGCCCUAUGUGUGUGUUGUCUGAAUCCUGGAACUACUGACUCAUUGAAAUUUAAACUGAAACUCAGGGGAGUUGGACAAGUUAUUUUCUCAGUUAUUGGAGUAUUCAUCUUUCUGGUUACUAUUACACUAGUGGCCGCCAUAACAACAUCAACGAUGUUUCGUAUCCUUAUUUUUGUUCUCGCUCUUUUUCCUGUUUUUUUACACCUUUUUUUUUUUGUUAGGGUAUACUUUUAACGCAUAGAGGGAGAGCCUUUUAAGGUUGAUUUUUUUUGUGAUUAUUCAGUGUAGGAAAGAAUCUCUUGCUAAAAUUAAAAUAGUAAGACUGUGUAUAAUCAACCGUGAUCCCUAUUGACCUCAUAGGGGGGCGUUUGUGCAUUGUGGUUUACUUUUUUUAUAAUUGAAACACAAAAUGUAUUCAAGAGAAGGGCGAGUCUUGGAGUAGUGGAAAUGUUACUCCUUUUUUACCAGAAGGGUAAAGCUAUCUACAAUUGACUCUCACCCGUACUUUUGCAAAGUCGGGAAGUCUUUUGUGCAGUGGGGUUUCCCUUUAAAAUUCAUUCAGAAGAAUGGGAACUUGAUUUCCAUUUUUCAGGAAAAAUUUGAUUAGGAACAUCACAUAAACUUAUUCUUUAGUAGAAUUCAAAUCUUUGCUUGGAUUUCCUGUUUGGAUUUGCGUCCUCCUUUUUUAUGUAUUAGAUUUGAUAGCGACAUUGUGUGUCUAUCAAAAGAUCAAAUGUAAGUGUAAAUCCAAUUUUUUCCCCUUAAUUUCUAAUCACAGUGACAGUGAUCCAGAGGUUUUCCCAUCAUCUCCAAAUUCUAGUGAAGGCACGUUCAAAUAUUUAUGUUAAUCUCUCAAUGAAGGGAACAAUUUUUUCUUGAUUUUGUCUCCAUUUUAAUAAACCAUGUCUUUCUUCGAGUGAAUAAUCCAAGUUAGCCGGCUUGCGGCAUUCAUUUUAAAAAAAACUAAUUACAUGAUGUUAUAUUAAUUCUAACUAAGAGUUUAUUGUCCAUACCACUUUACUAUGAGUCUUUCAUCUAGUGAAUAACCAAUUUAGUAGGUUGAGGCUGGCAGAAUCCUCUAUUUGAAAAACUAAUUACAUGAUCGUUUGAAAAGCAUUUCGAUAAAUGGCUAGCUGAUUUCAGUACAUAUAUUCAUUGAUUAGAAAACCAAUUUCUUCUUUCCUCAAUUUUGAAUCCUUUCUUCAAACAUCUUUUUAUUUUCAUGAAUGAUAACCACAGUUAACAUCAAUUUCAUCAUCUUACAUCUGGAAAUUGAUUUUUCAAUUAUUACACAAACGCAUCUUUUCUUUAACAAUUGUUUUUGACAUGUAUUAUUGGUUUGUUUUGAUUGUGAUAUGCGUCUAUCUGAUAUGCGUCUAUCUGUUGAGCAAAGUAGGGAGUAAUAGUCAGGGCAAUAUGCGUCUAUCUGUUGAGCAAAGUAGGGAGACAAUGGAGGAGGAUGGAAACAAGAGGGAAGAUGCAAAAAUUGGUGCAACAGGAAUAAAGGUCAGCAUUUAUUUGACUGAAAAGUUGAAGGAAAAUGGAGUAAUAUUUGAGUCAAAUGCUGACCAAGCUCCUCUCGAAUUUCGCCUUGGCAAAGGAAAAGUUAUUGAGGAUUUGGAUGUGAAAGUUAAAGUUAAGGAAAUGAAGGAAAAGAGGAAAAGUCAGGGCAAUGUGGAAGUUGAUAAAAAACACACACGAUGCCUCUGAAGAAAGGCAAACUUGCUUGAAGUCAUAUCGUCUGCAUAAUUGCAGCAACAACUUGCUAUGAUUUGGAUUUACAAAAACUACUAUGCUUUAAAAUUUCGUUCUAGAUUCACAGUAAAAUUAGUAUUAGGUUGCAAAUAGAUAUGCUUCACAGUAAAAUGUUGACAAUACGACAAAAUUUCCUGUUAGAUUCUGAAUGAAAUAUUUCUUAAAUGAAAAUAUUCAUCCGAUUUAGCCUUUCUAGAAUCACGCUUCACGGAUGGUGCUCAAUUCACCAAACAAUUUUUUUCUUUGGGAUAGACAUCACAUGGCCAGAAUUGAGAUGAAAUAAUCAUUUUUAAAUAUCUAAUUUGGUACAUUAGCAUCAA